UUAUUGGGAGUAAAUCGUUUUGAGCCGCAAAUCGGAAGCAGUAUUCAGUUGUCACAUGAAAGCAAUGGUAUCCGCACGUUUGGCAAUCGUUUUGAUCGGUCUGUGGGCCUUGGCCAGCCCCGCCAGUGUUUUGGCCCAGCCAACAUCUCGCAUUUGGGGUGGUGAGGAAACCCAAAAAUUAGAUUUCCCCUAUGUGGCCUCGGUUCGCUUGGAUGGUGGUCACAUCUGUGGUGGUUCGAUUAUUGGCCAGAAAUUUAUUUUGACAGCGGCCCACUGUGUUCAUGAAAAUAACAAGGUUGUCGCCCCCAAACGUUUGGCAGUGCGCGUUGGCAGUACCAAUCAAUUUUCGGGUGGCAAAUUGGUUGAUGUUGCCUCCGUUACCGUCAAUCCCGACUACUCGGAUGUUAAAAACAAUUUGGCCAUUUUAACUUUGGAAAAUGCCUUGGAAUGGACGGAACGCGUCCGCGCCAUUACAUUGCCCACAGCCAGCGACAGCUUGCCUGCUGAUGGUACCAAUUUAUUGGUUGCCGGUUGGGGUCAACAAUUGAAUUCGGAUUCAGCCUUCAAAUUGAACUCGUACCGCUUCACCGUGGCCACUGAGGAGGUUUGCAAAAAUGCCUACAGUGCGCUUGAUAGUUCCGAAUUCUGUUUGGCCCACCCCUUGAAGGAGGGUAGCUGCUACGGUGAUGCCGGUAAUGGUGCUGUCUACAACAAUAAACUGUAUGGUGUUAGCAAUUUUGUUGUUGGUGCCUGUGGUUCCCGUUUCCCCGAUGUAUUCACUAAUGUUGUCCACUAUUUGUCAUGGAUUGAAUCGGUAGAUAUUUACUUCGGAGGAAGUUGGUGCUGUUGCGAAAUGUCUGUAUUAAAUUAUUUGCUAGUUUUGAGUGCUGUGUUGUGUGCCGCCUGUGCUACACCCAUGGGUGGACGUGUUGUUGGCGGUCAUGAUGCUGUACCCAAACAAUUCCCCUAUCAAAUCUCAUUGCGUCGUGAUCACAGCCACACCUGUGGUGGAUCCAUUAUUGACAAAAAAUGGAUACUGACAGCUGCCCAUUGUGUUGUCAUCGAAGGCAUUACACCCUACCCCGCUGAACGUUUCACGGUACGUGCUGGUACCAUUAAUCGCAUAGCUGGCGGUAUAAUUAUCAAUGUCAAGAAAGUCAUUGUCCAUCCUGGCUAUGAAGUCUACAAUGAUUUGGCCCUUUUGGAAUUGGAAGAAGAAUUGGAGUAUUCGGAGACCAUACAACCCGUUGAAUUGGCCGAUGAAGAGGUGCCAGCCGGUGAGGAGGUCGUAAUUUCCGGUUGGGGUUUGACGGAACAUGCUGGUGCCAAUUUACCUAUUAUUCUACAAUGGUAUACCGUCUCGGCUCUCAGUAAAACGGGCUGUGCUUCGAAAAUUGGUUUAUUCACUGAUGCCUUGAUCUGUUUGGCCCAUCCCUCGGGUGCAGGUGCCUGUAAUGGCGAUUCUGGCGGCCCAGCUGUCUACGAUGGCAAAUUGGUUGGUGUUGCCGGUUUUGUGGUGAUCAAGUGUGGUUCCACCCGCCCUGAUGGUUAUGCUAAGGUUGCCUACAAUAUUGAAUGGAUUAGAGAAAAUAUGGCCUAA